AUCUUGGGCAAAUCGGCGUGUAGAGCGUGGGGUUGGUUCUCAAUUCCGUAGUACUUGGGAAGCAUAGCUCCAGCACCAUACCCUCCUCCAGGGUAUGAUUCUGCUUCAUUCCCAGUACUCGGCUGUUGUUUGUGAAAACCGUGCCGUGCCGCAGUAUGCACCAGCUCAGCCUGCUGCCCGGGAGGGCCUGCGCCGCGCUGCUGAGCCAGCUCCUGCGACCGCCCAGCGCUGCGUGCAUCCGGGCGGUAGGUUGCCACAGCCAGGUUGCAGGGGCAAAGUUAAUAUCCCAUCUGAAGACACAUCAAGAGAAACCAAAUUUCAUCAUCAAGACCCCAAAGGGCACUAGGGAUCUUAGUCCCCAGCAGAUGGUUGUAAGGGAGAAAAUUCUUGAUAUAGUUAUCAGUUGCUUUAAACGUCAUGGAGCAAAGGGAUUGGAUACACCAGCAUUUGAGCUUAAGGAAAUACUCACUGAGAAGUAUAAUGAGCAAUAUGGACUCAUUUACGAUCUGGAGGAUCAAGGUGGAGAGCUGUUGUCCCUUCGUUAUGACCUUACUGUUCCUUUUGCUCGUUAUCUGGCCAUGAAUAAACUGAAGAAGAUGAAACGAUACCAAGUUGGAAAGGUGUGGCGAAGGGAAAGUCCAACUAUAGUCCAAGGCCGCUAUCGGGAGUUCUACCAGUGUGAUUUUGAUAUUGCUGGUCAGUUUGACCCUAUGAUCCCUGAUGCAGAAUGUUUGAAGAUCAUGUGUGAAAUCCUAAGUGGGUUGCAACUGGGAGACUUUCUCAUUAAGGUCAAUGAUCGGCGGAUUGUGGAUGGGAUCUUUGCUGUCUGUGGUGUUCCUGAAAGCAAGUUCCGUACUAUCUGUGCUUCGAUGGACAAAUUAGACAAGAUAUCUUGGAGAGAUGUGAGACAUGAAAUGGUGGCAAAGAAAGGCCUGGCUCCUGAGGUGGCUGAUCGAAUUGGGGACUAUGUCCAACAGACUCAGGUGUUCGUGGCCACACCUCAAAAGAAUUUUCUCCAAGAACGGUUAAAGCUAAUUGCAGAGCUUUGGGAUGCUGGGAUCAAGGCAGAGAUGCUAUAUAAGAAUAACCCCAAACUGUUAAGCCAGCUACACUACUGUGAGAAUACGGGCAUUCCCUUGGUGGUGAUUAUUGGUGAGCAAGAACGGAAGGAAGGGGUCAUCAAGCUCCGGUCAGUGGCUACCAGAGAGGAGGAGGCCAUUAAACGGGAACAUCUUGUGGCUGAAAUUCAGAGGCGACUGUCUCAGUCUUGAUCCUUGCCUGAUUGUCAUCUGGUGCUCUUGGUACAAAAGCUUUCAUCUAACAUUGAGUUCCUGAUGCACUUCACAACAGCUGGCCAGCAUGGGUGACAAGUGCCUUCAGCCUCCUUUCUCCUUGAAUAGAGAAGAAUGUGGAGACUCCUGGACUUGUGUAAAAAGCUAGUCUGCAUAGAGGCAGAUGUAAUAUGUGAAAGAGACAUGCUAUAGCGGAAGGUGGAGAUUUGAAGUGCUAAUGAUGCUACCUUGAAGUGCUAAGAUUGUUGCUGUGAGCAAGGC